AUGCCGUUGAGUGGCAGGCCAUGGGGCGGCGGCGGCGGCAGCGGUGGCGGCAGCUCGGGUAGGCUCGCGUCGUCCGGCGCGCUCCUCCCGGCGGCGCUGGGCGGCGCGCGCAGCGGGCGGCGGCCCCGGCUCCGGCGGUUCAUCGUGUCCCCCCACGACCCGCGGUACGUGGCGUGGGAGCACUCGCUGGUGGCGCUGGUGGCGUACUCGGCGUGGGUGGCGCCCUUCGAGUUCGGGUUCGUCCCGGACCCGCGGGGCGCGCUGGCCGUCGCCGACAACGCCGUGAACGCGGCGUUCGCCGUGGACAUCGCGCUCACCUUCUUCGUGGCGUACGCGGACGGCGGGACGUACCUGCUGCAGGACGACCCCCGGCGGAUCGCGUGGCGGUACGCCCGCUCCUGGCUCGCGCUCGACGUCGCCUCCACCGUGCCCACCGAGGUGUACCGCCGGGUCCUGCCGCGCCAGGCCAGGAGCUACAACUUCUUCGGCAUGCUCCGGCUCUGGCGCCUGCACCGCGUCGGCACGCUCUUCGCACAACUGGAGAAGGACAGGAAGUUCCGCUACUUCUGGGUUCGAUGCACAAGGCUCAUCUGCGUGACGCUGUUCGCGGUGCACUGCGCGGGGUGCUUCUACUACCUGCUGGCGGACAGGUACCCGGACCCGGGGCACACGUGGCUGAGCUCCUCCAUGCCGGACUUCAAGCAGCAGAGCGUGUGGAAGCGGUACGCCGCGUCCAUGUACUGGUCCAUCACCACGCUCACCACCGUCGGGUACGGCGACAUGCACGCCGUGAACACGGGCGAGAUGGUGUUCACCACGUUCUACAUGCUCUUCAACCUCGGCCUCACCGCCUACCUCAUCGGCAACAUGACCAACCUCGUCGUCCACGGCACCAGCCGCACCAGGAAAUACAGGGACGCGAUCAAGGCGGCGACGAGCUUCGCGGUGCGGCACCAGCUGCCGCCGCGGCUGCAGGAGCAGAUGGUGUCCCACCUGAGCCUCAAGUUCAGGACCGACUCGGAGGGGCUGCAGCAGCAGGAGACGCUGGACGCGCUGCCCAAGGCCAUCCGCUCCGGCAUCUCGCACUACCUCUUCUUCGCCCUCGUCCAGGGCGUCUACCUCUUCCAGGGCGUCUCCAAUGACCUCAUCUUCCAGCUGGUCUCUGAGAUGAACGCCGAGUACUUCGCGCCCAGGGAGGACGUCAUCCUGCAGAACGAGGCGCCGUCCGACUUCUACAUCCUAGUCACCGGUAGUGUGGAGCUGGUAGAGCUCCGGAACGGUUCAGAGCAGGUGGCUGGGGUGGCCAGGGCCGGCGACGUCGUCGGCGAGAUCGGGGUGCUGUGCUACAAGCCCCAGCUCUUCACGGCGAGGACGCGGUCCCUGUGCCACCUCCUGCGCAUGGAGCGCAGCGCGUUCCUCAGGAUCGUCCAGGCGAACGUCGGCGACGGCACCAUAAUCAUCAACAACCUUAUCCAGUACCUCAAGGAGAAGAGGGACAGCGGCGCCAUCGCCGGCGUCGCGGAGGAGAUCGAGUACUUGCUAGCUCGGGGCCAGCUCGAGCUCCCCGUCACGCUCUGCUACGCCGCGUCCAGAGGAGACGACUUCCUCAUGCAUCAGCUCCUCAAGCGCGGGGUCGAUCCCAACGAGUCAGAUAACUAUUGGCAUACAGCACUGCACGUCUCAGCUUCCGGUGGACAUGAGCAGUGCAUCAAGCUUCUGCUAGAGCAUGGCGCUGAUCCUAAUGCUUCAGACGCGCAAGGAAGAGUGCCCCUGUGGGAGGCCCUGUCGCGGGGGCACCGCGGGGCCGCGCAGCUGCUGGCGGACGGCGGCGCGGACCUGGCGUCGGGCGACGCGGCGCUCUACGCGCGCGCGGCCGUGGAGGCGGGCGACGUCGCGCUGCUGGAGGACGUGGCGCGCCACGGCGGGGACGUGACGGUGGCGUGCUGCGACGACGGCGGCACCGCGCUCCACCGCGCCGUGCUCCAGGGGGACGUCGGGAUGGCCAGGGCCCUGCUGGAGCACGGUGCCGACGCCGACAGGGAGGACGGCGGCGGCCGGACCCCGCGGGACUUGGCGGGCCAGCUCGGCCACCGCGACAUGCACCAGCUGUUCGGGCCGCCCUCGCAGUCGCAGCACCGGGAAGCGGUGGAGAGUCCGAUCAGGCGGCAGGGCUCGGGAACGGAGGACCAUGGCAGCAGCUGCAGGCCCGCCGUCGCGGUCGCGGCUCGGCCGGCGGUCACCAGGUUCAAGAGCGCGCCCGCGGCGAGGGUCCCGGUCGCGGUCGCGCAGCACGACGGCGCCGGUUCGUCGCCGUCACCGUCGUCGUCCAGGCACAGCAGUCCGCGGCGGAUGGUCAGCUUCCGGAACUCCCUCUUCGGCGUCCUCUCCUCGUCACAAGUGAACAGGCACGACGGAGCAGCUGGCGGCGGGGGGCAUAGCCGCCACGAGAGGCACACGCACAGCAGGUCGCGGGUCAGGGUGACCGUCUCCUGCCCCGAGCAGGGCGUCGGCGCGAGGAAGCUGGUGUUCAUGCCUGAGACGAUGGCGCAGCUCGUGGAGCUCGCCGGGAGCCAGUUUGGGUUCGCCCCGACGAGGGUGGUGACCACAGACGGUGCCCAGGUUGACGACGCCAGGCUCGUCAGGGACGGCGACCACCUCCUCGUCGUCACCCAUCAGUGGCAGAGGGUGCCCGACACUAAGAUCGUGCAUACGAAUCAGUAGAUGUGAA